AUGGCAACGACCGCGGAUUUCGAUACCUACGAGUGGGGACAACCGGUCCCACUUAAAUCAAGCGUCCAGCGUGGCCGCGAACUGCUCGAGACACUGCUCAAUCUGAUCCUGUUCGUCUUCGAAUCCUUGCCACUAUGGUGGGAGGCACUGGUGAGUUGUUUUUCCACGCCGAAACCCAAAAACAUUGCCGGCCAGACGGCCCUGGUGACAGGUGGAGCAAACGGGCUUGGCCAAGCAAUUGCGGUUGCCCUGGCCAAGGAAGGCUGCAACGUGGCCGUCGUGGAUUUGGACGAAGUGAAUGCACGCGAAACCGCCGCCAAACUGCGCCGAUACAACGUGUCUGCCGAGGCGUACAAGGUCGAUGUGUCUGAUUACGAAGCAGUACGUCAGCUAGGGCGUGAUGUCGAGCGGGAUCUCGGUCCUGUUGAUAUUCUGGUCAAUAAUGCCGGCAUCCUGCCUACGAGCUUCUCACAGGACACGCUGCCUUCCCACGUAAAGCGCAGCCUUGAAGUGAAUGUAUUGUCGUCCUUCUGGACGACUCAAGUCUUCAUCGACAGUAUGAUCCGUCGACGAAAGGGUCACAUUGUGGCGGUUAGUUCGGUCGCUGGUUACAUUGCACCGGGCUGGGCUAAGACGUACGCCACCACGAAGUUUGCUCUCCGCGGGUAUAUGGACGCACUGGAGGACGAUCUAUACCUGCGUGGACAAUCAGAGCACGUGCGGACGACGACCAUCUUUCCUUUUGCAUUCAACACUCGUAGGCAGGCCAUCCGACUGCUCAAAGCAUCGUCUGGACUUACUCGUCUGCCGAUCUACGAGCCAGCCGUGCUCGGGGAGAGUGUUGUCAAGGCUAUUAGGACCAAUCAACGGAAGGUGGUGGUACCAGAAACGGCAAAGCCCUAUCAGCUGUCUGCAUAUGAGAGCUUACCGAUAAAAAUACGACAACUGCUGACGAAAACCAUGGCGCAGGGUGAAGUGAAAUUGUACGAUUAA